CACUAAUGGGCAUUAACAGGCAUUACUGGUGGGCACUGAAAAGCAGCACUCAUAUAUGGCACUGAUAGGCAGCACUAAUUGGAACUGUUAGGCAGCACUGUUGGGCACUGAUUGGUGGCACUGUCUGGCACUGAUUGGCGGCACUGUCUGGCACUGAUUGGCGGCACUGAUAGAUGACACUGAUAGAUGGAACUGACUGGCACUAAUAGGCAGCACUGACUGGCACUGAUAGGCAGCUCUGAUGGACACUGAUAUGUGGCAUUGAUGUGCACUGAUGGGCACUGGUAUGUGGCAUUGAUGGGCACUGACAAGUGGCAAUUAUUGGCACUGACAGGUGUCACUGAUGGGGCUACACUGAUCAUCAGGGCCCUGAUGAUCAGUGUAGAUGUCCCCUCUGAGGAAUGCUGCUUACUGUCUCUCCUCUCCUCACGCAUUGCAUUGCAUGUCUGCAUU